AGUUACGAAUUGGUUUUGGACCGGGAGAGAUCGUCUCGUAUACUCGUGUACGCCACAUAAUACAUUUUCAUUACAUUUCUGAACAGUUCUAUUUUGCUUUUUUAGCCAAUAGCCAGAAAAAAUAUAUAUAUAGCUAAAAUUCAAAAAACGAAACGCACACAACGUGCGAAGACGACGGGCCAAGAAUAAGCAAAUUAUUUAGCUGACAAUCGUCGAAAGGGACACUAAGGAUUACCCAGCCGACGAUUGUUGGUUAAAAUUUUGCAAAUAAGGGCUUGCAAAAAAAAUUAAUAAAUAAAAUUAAAUAAAAAUACAAAAAAAAAAAGAAUUAUAAAUCAGUUUAUCGCGAAUUUUGAAAAAUUAUUUUAAUAAUAAAUAAACGAACUGCAAAGUGACAAAAAUACGAACAAGUGCAAAAUUCUAAAAACCCACAAAAAGUGUAACAAAUUUUGCAUUUAAACGAGCGCAUAUAUUGUGGAUAUAUAUAUAUAUGCGAUUAUACGAGAGCAAGUGAUUUAUUAAUUUUUUCCUAAUUAUACAUAAUUACGGGAAAAAUUCGAAAGAAUAAAAGGAGAAUUUAUGACGUGGCUAAGGUGCUAAAUCAAACUGGGAAAACUCAAGGAUAAUUUGUGGAUUUGAUUAUUAUGGGGCGACUAACAAUUUGGUUCCUGCUGGGACUGACGUUAAUCGCCGUAUCCAAUAAUGUUGGGUUUGCCAAUGCCGAUGUCGGACCAAGCGAAUCAGAAUGUCGACCCUACAUUGAAAAGGCAAUAAAUGAACUAAAAACCGAUGGUGUCACGAGUGGCUCUGGAGAAGUACAAGCCGAUCAGCCUCGUAGGGAUGAUGACGAUGAUGAUGAUGAUGAUGAGGACGCGAAAGGCGUCAACGACAUUGACGGCGAUGGCAUACCAGAUGAUCAGGACGACGACAUAGAUGGCGAUGGCAUACCAAAUGAUGAGGAUGACGAUAUCGAUGGCGAUGGCAUACCAAAUGAGAAGGACGAUGAUAUUGAUGGUGAUGGCAUACCGAACGAUGAGGACGACGACAUCGAUGGCGAUGGCAUUCCCAAUGAAGAUGACGACGAUAUCGAUGGCGAUGGCAUACCAAAUGAGAAGGACGAUGAUAUCGAUGGUGAUGGUAUUCCAAAUGAGGAGGACGAUGACAUCGAUGGUGAUGGCAUACCCAACGAUGAGGAUGACGACAUCGAUGGCGAUGGUAUUCCUAAUGAAGAUGACGACGACAUUGACGGCGAUGGUAUUCACAAUGAAAAGGACGAUGACAUUGAUGGCGAUGGAAUACCAAAUGAAGAGGACAGCGAUUUGGAUGGCGAUGGUUUGCUUAACGAAAAAGACGAGGACUUGGAUGGAGAUGGAAAAGCUAAUCAUGAGGACGAUGAUAUCGACGGAGAUGGUACUCUAAAUCACGAGGACAGCGAUUUGGAUGGCGAUGGUUUGCCGAAUGAGAAGGACGAAGAUUUGGAUGGGGAUGGCAAAGCCAAUCAUGAGGAUGAAGACAUUGAUGGAGAUGGUACCCUUAACCAUGAGGACAGUGACAUAGAUGGCGAUGGUGUCCGUAAUGAUGAAGAUCACGACGUCGAUGGUGAUGGCUUAUCCAAUUCCGAAGAGCCUCAGAGCAUGGACAUCGAUGGCGAUGGUGUGCCAAAUGCUUUGGACGAUGACAUCGAUGGGGAUAACAAGGUCAACGAGAAGGACGAGGAUAUGGACGGCGAUGGCAUCUUGAAUGUGCAUGAUAACGACAUGGAUGGUGAUGGAAUACCCAAUGUUCAUGAUGAUAGCCACGAAGUGGACAUUGAUGAAGAAGAGGUGAAGAAACGCAGCAAGCGUGAGGUGGACGCUGCUCCUGUUGUACAAGUUGAGGAGCCUGCAAGUCCAGCUGAGGAAUUCCCCGCUGAAGAGGAAGCUUCCAAGGAGGUGGAAACUGCUGAGGCUGAAGUUGAAGCUGAGCCAGAAGUGGAAGAAGAGGAAGAAGUGAAGGAGGAGGAGCCCGAGCCCGAGCCAGUUGCCGCUGAAGAGGAAGCCGUUGAGCCAGAAGUGGAAGCAUCCGUGGAAGUCAAAGAAAUCGAAGUGGCUCAGGAUGAACCACAAGAAACAGCUGUUGCUGCUGACGAUGACGACGAUGACACCAUGCCAGAAGACGAAUUGCUCUGGGAAGGUGCAAUCCCAGAGAAUCGUCGCAGUCGUCAACACAUCUCAGAACUUCUACAGUUAGACGAGGAGUUCAAUGCCCGGGAGAAGGCCACCGAUAAUGUCGCAGAGAUUAUCUUGCGCGACAUUAAGAAAAUCUAUGAGAAUGCCGUCAAGCCACUGGAGACUUUGUACAAGUACCGUGACUUGAGCAAUCGCCACUUCAGUGAUCCCGAGAUCUUCUCCAAGCCAUUGAUUCUAUUCAUGGGUCCCUGGUCGGGUGGUAAAUCAUCCAUUCUCAACUAUUUGACUGACAACGAAUACACGCCCAACUCGUUGAGAACCGGAGCUGAACCAUCUCCGGCCUACUUCAACAUUUUAAUGUGGGGCAAUGAGACGGAAGUUUUGGAUGGCACUCAACUGGCUGCCGAUUAUACAUUCGCUGGUCUGCAGAAAUUUGGCCAGGGUUUGGAGGAGCGUCUGCGUGGCUUAAAAAUGAAGAGCAAGCUGCUUGAAAAGGUCAACAUCGUUGAGAUACCUGGCAUACUCGAGGUACGCAAGCAAGUAUCUCGCGUCUUCCCCUUCAACGAUGCCUGCCAGUGGUUUAUCGAUCGUGCCGACAUCAUCUUUCUGGUAUACGACCCAGCCAAGUUGGAUGUCGGCCCAGAGACCGAGGCCAUCCUCGAUCAGCUCAAGGGUCGCGAAUAUCAAACGCGCAUCAUUUUGAACAAGGCGGACACUGUUAAGCCCGAAGAGCUGUUGCGCGUCCAGGGUGCCCUCAUUUGGAACAUCUCGCCACUGAUGUCCUCCGCUCAGCCGCCACUCAUGUACACCACAUCGCUGUGGACGCAUCCGUAUCAGGAUGGCGCACCAGCUCGCCUCCUUGCCGCCCAGGAGCGUGCCUUCCUGCGCGAUCUUCGCACAGCCAUCGAUAAGCGUAUCGAGCACAAGAUCGCCAGCGCCCGACGCUUCGCCGUGCGUGUGCGUAAUCAUGCCAAGAUGGUUGACUGCUAUUUGAACACGUUCUACAAUCACAAGACGCUGUUUGGCAACAAGAAGCGCAUCGCAGAUGACAUCAUUGAUCAUCCGCAGAACUAUCACAUCUAUGAGGGUCUUUCAACGCUGACCAAUAUCUCGCGUUAUGACUUGCCCGAUCCCGAAGUAUAUCGCGACUUCUUCCGUUUGAAUCCGCUGUACGAGUUCAAGAAACUCAGGGAUACUUGCACCUAUUUCCGGGGCUGUCCAAUUACCAAACUCGACUUGGCCAUUGCGUACGAGAUGCCCGAGUUGGCUGGCAAGUACAAGAAAAUGUCGGAGGCUGCGCUGGCCGGAAUUGAGGCACAGGCGCAAGCACAGGCACAGGAACAGGCCUCGAGUCCUGGACACGUUCAAACGGAGCCGAAGAAGACGAGUUGAGGUGUUGGCUCCUUUUAAGGACUAAACCUGCCAUUUAGUUUGUUUUAAUGAUAGAUGGAGAGAACACGGCAAACGUCUGGAGACAAUUAACUGGAGAGCGAUAGAGAGAAAAAGAGAGAGAACGAACAAUAGAGAGCGAGAGAGAAAGAGAUUGAAGGAAACACCCAGGAGCCACAAAUGAGAGCAAAACUAUUGUUAACAUCCUUGUUACUUACUGACGAACACAAAGAAACCAAAGCAACAAUAACAAUAACAAUAACAGCCAUAACAAAAACAACAACAACAACAGCGUAAGACAAAUGAGAACAAUAAUUUUGCUUUUGGAGAGUGUUUUCUUUUCUUCAUCUUUGUUAUUUGAUAUAAGGUCAAACAUGAACCUUUAGGAAACUUUAUUUAUUUUUCAUCUGAGUUGCAACAUUUUAAUUUUGAAUACCUAUUAUAAUAAUAUAACCGAACUGAGAGCUUUAUGAGAGAAAACUAAUGCACAAAUGAGAGCGUAAACACAAACACAAACAUACAAACACAAACAGAAUUAUUUAGCAGAGAGAUAAUAGUGUUGAGUCUUUUGUUUUAGUAGAGUAAAUCAGCUUUUUAUUUUUAACUGAGCUUAGCGAACGUAGCAUGAGGCAAAUUAAAUCCGAACUUUUGACGAUAUCUAACUAUUUAAACCUUUUAGACUCCCCUCAAAAUACAGAAACACCAUUUUUAUCUAUUUAUAGUUGACAGCAACAGCGCACAAAUUUUUGAGAGUUUAGCAGUGUUUUUACAAAUUGUUUGAGCAAAACAAAAACCAAGUUAGUUUAUUUUUUGAGGCAAACCCUAUUUCGAUGAUGUAGUUGAUAAGACUUUUUGGUAGCAAAAAAGUGAAACAGUGAAGACGUUAAAUCAAUUUUUCUAAAAAAAAAUAUGACUAUAAAGGCAUGUGAGAGAUACGAAAUAUGUUCAUGAAAUAUAAAUAUAUGGAUAUUUUAUAUAUCUGUUACAAAACUGAGAACAUAUGUAACAAUCAACUGUGAGAGCGGGUAAAAUACACAAAUAAAUAAAUGAUAAAAAAAAACAUAAAAGCUUA